UCACACACAGCUGAGCCCAAAGAGGCCCAGCGAGCGGGCGCCGCGUGGCGGAGCGAGCCGAAGCUGCAGCCCGGGGCCCGACGGAUCGUGACGAAAGACGCGGCCACACUGUCACGAGGAAAUGCGGGCCAAGGUUUGCAAGCCGCGGGAGCUGCAGCGCGACCCAGAGCGAGCCGAGCGGCCUCAGCUGCAAGCGGAGCGGAGGCCGCGGCCCCUCGCAGGAGACCACCAGAUCACCUCUUCCUGUGGCCUCGCCAUGGCGACCUACGGACAGAGCUGCGCGCGGCCAACGUGUAUUCCUCCAUCAUAUGCUGAUCUUGGCAAAGCUGCCAGAGAUAUUUUCAACAAAGGAUUUGGUUUUGGGUUGGUGAAACUGGAUGUGAAAACAAAGUCAUGCAGUGGUGUGGAAUUCUCAACAUCUGGUUCCUCCAACACAGACACUGGUAAAGUUACUGGAACCUUGGAGACCAAAUAUAAAUGGUGUGAGUAUGGUCUGACUUUCACAGAAAAAUGGAACACUGAUAACACUCUGGGAACAGAAAUCGCAAUUGAAGACCAGAUUUGUCAAGGUUUGAAACUGACAUUUGAUACUACCUUUUCACCAAACACGGGAAAGAAAAGUGGUAAAAUCAAGUCUUCUUACAAGAGGGAGUGUAUAAACCUUGGUUGUGAUGUUGACUUUGAUUUUGCUGGACCUGCAAUCCACGGUUCAGCUGUCUUUGGUUAUGAGGGUUGGCUCGCUGGCUACCAGAUGACCUUUGACAGUGCCAAAUCAAAGCUGACAAGAAAUAACUUUGCAGUGGGCUACAGGACUGGGGACCUCCAGCUGCACACUAAUGUCAAUGAUGGGACAGAAUUUGGAGGAUCAGUUUAUCUGAAGGUAUGUAACGAUCUUGACACUUCAGUAAAUCUUGCUUGGACAUCGGGUACCAACUGCACUUGCUUUGGCAUUGCGGCCAAAUAUCAGUUGGACCCCACUGCAUCCAUUUCUGCAAAAGUCAACAACUCUAGUUUAAUUGGAGUGGGCUAUACUCAGACUCUGAGGCCUGGUGUCAAGCUUACACUGUCUGCUCUGGUAGACGGGAAAAGCAUUAAUGCUGGAGGCCACAAACUUGGGCUUGCCCUGGAGUUGGAGGCUUAAUCCAGCUGAAAGAAACCUCUGGGAAUGGAUAUCAGAAGAUUUGGCCUUAAUAUAUUUCCAGUGUGACCAGCAGGCUUUUUUCCCCCCAAGAAGGUGAUCAAAACAAAGGAUGAUCUAAACAAGAGCUGUAUUUUAAAUAUUUAGACAGUUCCUUGUUAGCUGGUUUCUAGUUGAAUCGGUUAUCUAUCUAGUUACCGAUGCUGCAGUCGUGCAGUCACCUAUAUAUUAUUUAAAUGUAUUUAACU